AUGAGAGGGAGGCUCUGGGAGGUUUGGAUUAUGCAAUCUGUGGCUGGAUUGUUGUGUGUGUUACUCGGACGAGUCAACUCGCUCUGGACAUCGAUUGUUGUUAUGUGGAUAUUUUCUAUAUUCGUUCAAGCUGCUUCUGGUCUCAUAUUUGGCAUCGUAGUUAGGAGUGAUGGCGGGAAUGACGCGAAGUGGUGGAACUGUAGGUGCGGUGGUGACACAGCUUUUGUUGUUUUUCGGCAAUAA